CACGAAAGUAAUUAGCUUCUGGAAGUAAGCAGAUGUUGGCACGCGAGGAAGAGCACCGGCCACUCUUCUCUGCAUCAAAACUUCCUUAAAAGCAGCUUCCAGACAUGGACAUAGCGUCUAGGUGUGGGGUGAUGACCAGUGUCAAAGAAAGCAGCGCGGACUCCCCCGUCUUGUAGAUAUUUUACCAAAUCAGAUAAUGAAGACAUGGGAGGGAGCGCGCAACCAGGACCACGGGCUACUGAGUUUCCACUCCUUCCCAGUCUCAGAGAAGCCUCCCCCAGCUCAACUCUGACUUCUCUUCUCAGCCGCAUUUCUCCACACACCCUUUCAAGGCUCUGCUCCGCCCACUGCUCCUCCCUCACUCCUCCCACGGCUCCUCCUCCUCCCGCCCCUUUCCUCUCAGACUUGCCUCUGAGCGGAAACUGAAAGUGAAAUAGGGAGCUGGCUACCAGCGUUGAGUCCCCUGUAAAGCCAAACCCCCUAAAGGUCUCCACACUGCUGUUUAACGGCACGCUUGACAAUGGCUUCAGCAGCACGCUUGACAAUGAUGUGGGAGGAGGUCACAUGCCCUAUCUGCCUGGACCCCUUCGUGGAGCCUGUGAGCAUCGAGUGUGGCCACAGCUUCUGCCAGGAAUGCAUCUCUCAGGUUGGGAAGGGUGGCGGCAGCGUCUGUCCUGUGUGCCGGCAUCGCUUUCUGCUCAAGAAUCUCCGGCCCAAUCGACAGCUAGCCAACAUGGUGAACAACCUUAAAGAAAUCAGCCAGGAGGCCAGAGAGGGCACACAGGAGGAACGGUGUGCAGUGCAUGGAGAGAGACUUCACCUGUUCUGUGAGAAAGAUGGGAAGGCCCUUUGCUGGGUGUGUGCCCAAUCUCGGAAACACCGUGACCAUGCCAUGGUCCCUCUUGAGGAGGCUGCACAGGAGUACCAGGAGAAGCUCCAGGUGGCAUUAGGGGAACUGAGAAGAAAGCAGGAGUUGGCUGAGAAGUUGGAAGUGGAAAUUGCAAUGAAGAGAGCAGACUGGAAGAAAACAGUGGAAACACAGAAAUCUAGGAUUCACGCAGAGUUUGUGCAGCAAAAAAACUUCCUGGUUGAAGAAGAACAGAGGCAGCUGCAGGAGCUGGAGAAGGAUGAGAGGGAGCAGCUGAGAAUCCUGGGGGAGAAAGAGGCCAAGCUGGCCCAGCAGAGCCAGGCCCUACAGGAGCUCAUCUCAGAGCUAGAUCGAAGGUGCCACAGCUCAGCACUGGAACUGCUGCAGGAGGUGAUAAUUGUCCUGGAAAGGAGUGAGUCCUGGAACCUGAAGGACCUGGAUAUUACCUCUCCAGAACUCAGGAGUGUGUGCCAUGUGCCAGGGCUGAAGAAGAUGCUGAGGACAUGUGCAGUCCACAUCACUCUGGAUCCAGACACAGCCAAUCCGUGGCUCAUACUUUCAGAAGAUCGGAGACAAGUGAGGCUUGGAGACACCCAGCAGAGCAUACCUGGAAAUGAAGAGAGAUUUGAUAGUUAUCCUAUGGUCCUGGGUGCCCAGCACUUCCACUCUGGAAAACAUUACUGGGAGGUAGAUGUGACAGGAAAGGAGGCCUGGGACCUGGGUGUCUGCAGAGACUCUGUGCGCAGGAAGGGGCACUUUUUGCUUAGUUCCAAGAGUGGCUUCUGGACAAUUUGGUUGUGGAACAAACGAAAAUAUGAGGCUGGCACCUACCCCCAGACUCCCCUCCACCUUCAGGUGCCUCCAUGCCAAAUUGGGAUUUUCCUGGACUAUGAGGCUGGCAUGGUCUCCUUCUACAACAUCACUGACCAUGGCUCCCUCAUCUACUCCUUCUCUGAAUGUGCCUUUACAGGACCUCUGCGGCCCUUCUUCAGUCCUGGUUUCAAUGAUGGAGGAAAAAACACAGCCCCUCUAACCCUCUGUCCACUGAAUAUUGGAUCACAAGGAUCCACUGACUAUUGAUGGCUUUCUCUGGACACUGCCACUCUCCCCAUUGGCACCGCUUCUCAGCCACAAACCCUGCCUCUUUUCCCCAUGAACUCUGAACCACCUUUGUCUCUGCAGAGGCAUCCGGAUCCCAGCAAGCGAGCUUUAGCAGGGAAGUCACUUCACCAUCAACAUUCCUGCCCCAGAUGGCUUUGUGAUUCCCUCCAGUGAAGCAGCCUCCUUAUAUUUGGCCCAAACUCAUCUUGAUCAACCAAAAACAUGUUUCUGCCUUCUUUAUGGGACUUAAGUUUUGUUUUCUCCUCUCCAUCUCUAGGAUGUCGUCUUUGGUGAGAUCUCUAUUAUAUCUUGUAUGCUUUGCAAAAGGGCUUCCUAAAAAUAAAAAAUAAAAUUUAAAAAACUGUG